AUGGCAAUCUUGCAGCAGGCUUGCGCUGAAUAUGAGUUGAGCAAAUAUCUCCAGCUUUUUCAUGGCGACGAAGCGCUACUUCUUGCUGGAAAUGCAGCCAUUCGAAGUUCUUUGAACGACCGCGUCGAGCUCACGGUCGUGCGCCUUGCGGUUCAGGGAGCGUUUGUGGUACUCAAUGACGCCAAACGUCUGCAUUUCAUCGCAGGUAGCCACAGAGCGAAUGCAGACGAUGUGUUUUCCCGAGUAGUGCUCAACUCUGAAGACAAUGAAUGGCUACACACAGAAGGCGCAGAUCGACCAUUAUGGAUUUCGUUGCUCCAGGAGAUUAUCGCGCUUCGCCCAUCUGAACCCUGUCCAGCCAGCGAACGUGUAUUCAGUAUACCAGCACUGCAACGGGACCCUCGAACCUCCCAGCUUUCGGCAGUUUCAGGAUUUCCGCAUUUGUCUUUCUUUGCAGGUACUCCUCUGACCUCACGGAACGGUCAUAACAUUGGUGCUAUCUGUGUUGUGGACCAGAUUGAAAGGCCACCAUUAUCAGCUUCGGAAACUGCGUUCUUGGCUGAUACUGCCCAAAGAUUGGUGGGCUUACUCGAAUUUGCAAGAGAACGUACUUUUCAUAACAGAUGGACCGCUGUACAGGAAGAGCUUGACGUUUUCCUCAAGUCGCAUUCUCUGCGCGCCCAGUUGUUCGAGGAGCCGCAGACCCUGGCAGGACGUAAAUUCUUGACGCGAAAAAAGAACGCAGAAAAACCCAAUGAGUCCGGGAAUGAGCGUGUGGAUCCUCACGUGUUAGCGGAAGAUUCGCUUGCGGACCAAGCUAACCUGCCGACUGAAGGGCAGGAGUCCGAAAGGUUGGUGGUGGCCGGAGCCAAGCAAGAUCAUCGUAUUGCUGGACACGACAAUGCCAGGGACGCGCGAUCAUUAUUGGCCAAACGUGACAAAGACGACAGGAGAGGACCUCCAGGGGGCGAGACGACAUACCGAAAAGUGUUUCGAAGGGCGGCCGAAUGCUUACAUUCUGCUUUGCAAGCCGAUGGAGCUCUGUUCAUUGAUGGUCUGAUUGGGUUUCAUGGUGACACGCAACCCGUUGCUGAGCCAGAGCAAGAGCUCGAACGCGAGAUCGCACGCCCGCUGGUACACGGCAAAAAAUCUGCACAGGUGGAUUCCCUUUCAAAGAAUGAUCAGACCAACAUACCAGAGGACACAUUCAAACCGCAUGAUUCUGAUCCGCCCGGUACUCACAGCAGAAUUUACACCAGCUCCGAGUACCUGAGAGGUGUCUACGUUGAACGACCUGCUGAGAUCCUAGGCAGCUCUGGUUCCGUCGAUAUGCUGAAAGUCGUGCAAAUCUCAGGGUCUACAAUCGGAUUACCCGACAUUGAUGAAAGGUGUCUGCAAAGGCUGAUGGACCGUCAUCCAAAGGGUGCAGUGUGGCAUAACUCCAAUUCAGGCUUCAGGCAGGUCAAAGAUGAAACACUGGUAGAUGUUGAUUUGGGAGAGGAGACACACAGGCUGAAGUCCACAUUCAAGGACAUUGAACAGCUUAUCUUCAAGCCGCUUACGGAUCCUACCUCGCUCAAGCGUCUAGGGGCAUUUUUUGCGUGGAGAACUACAUCGGUUCGUCUGUUUACAGACGUUGUCGAUCUUAAGUCAUUAAAAGCAUUCUUGCACGUUGUUGAGUCGGAGAUUGCGCGGUACGAUGCGGCCUUGGCUGGAAAACAGAGAGAGUCUUUUGUUUCAUCUGUCAGCCACGAAUUGAGAACACCUCUUCACGGUAUCCUUGGUGCUGUUCAACUUCUUGACGAGACUGGACUUGACCCAACGCAAAAGUCACUUGCAGAAAUGAUCAACACUUGUGGAUCGACUCUUCACGAGACGCUUACCAUUGUGCUAAGUUACGCGAAGAUCAAUCAAUUUGAACGUCGUCAACACGAAUACCGUCAGCGACGCCCGCCUGACUCGUCAUGGGCACUGUCAGAAAAGCAAGGUCUUGCUUGCGGCCCUGAUCGAGAUUACGAAGGGCUAUACAUAUGCACAAAUGUUGCUUUGCUAUGCGAGGAGAUUCUUGGUGUGCUCGAGGCCGGCAAGUCUUUUCAGAAUGCGCACGGGAACGAAGUCAUAGUGGUGUGUGAUAUUGAGUACGAAGAGAACUGGAACUACCACACAGAGCCAGGCGCCCUUCGACGAAUCACGGCGAACCUCAUUGGAAACGCCUUGAAGUAUACGAAUAGUGGCUCAGUGGCAGUCUCACUAAGUGCAACCAGGCUCAUCAAGGACAACCAAAGAAUCAGCAACGAUCUCACUUCAGGAAACACCCUUACCUUCACCUUUCGGGAUACAGGAAAAGGCAUGUCUAAAGAAUUCAUGGAUAACGAACUAUUUCUCCCAUUCACACAAGAAGAUUCAACAUCGUCCAAUGGAGUUGGCCUGGGUAUGUCGAUUGUGAAGAGCCUGGUCUCGUUACUGGGCGGUGAAAUUCAAGUUCAGAGCGAAGAGAAUAAGGGAACCGAAAUCAACGUCAGAAUACCCAUGAAACUAUGCAGCUCCGAUGAUCGGGAAAAGGGAGAGCCAACUUUAGAGUUCGAACGCAGUCUUCAAACAAUUCGCGACCGAAAGCUGUCUGCGGUCAUGUACGGCUUCCCGCAACACGUUCGCAAUUCUCUCAAGGGCUAUCUUUGCGAUUGGUAUGGUUGCAACCUUUUAGAACCCACAAACCACGCCAGACCAGAUGUUGUCAUGGUUGAUGAGGGUAAUGAGGAGGUUGAACAAGCAGUUAAGAAGACUGCUCAUGCAUAUGGCAAGCAUGGUGUGCUUUUGAGCAUAGUGAUGGUUCCAAGCAGGAUGGGGAUGCGGAUGGACCCAAUCGAUGGAUACAUCAAAUGGGAGAGAGUGCCUCGUCCUCUUGGACCGAAUAACGUAGCUCAAGGAUUGUUGUCUUGCCUCGACAAAUUAGACGAGCUUCGGAAAUAUAGCGAGAGCGCCAGUGUCGAUCGGCAAGAACCGGAGAAAGAGCCACAACCAGAGAAAGGCCUAUCGAACUUGCAAGAACUCAAAGACAGCUUACCAGAGAAGCUGUGUGUGUCUAGCCUGGAAGAGCCGCAGGUAUCCAAAGCCACUCAAACCCCACCUGCAUCUUCAAAUUCAUCCAAGCAGUCACCAGCGCCUAACAAGUCUGAGGACCAUGAAACGGACUCUACAUCCAAGACUACAGGUGUUCUUCGCAUCCUCAUUGUGGAUGACAAUGGUCUCAACCUCAAGCUGUUAGAAGCUUUCUUCAAGAAAAGUGGUUAUCACGACACGAAGCAAGCGAAGAAUGGCAGAGAAGCAGUCGAAGCGGCGCAAAAUUUGAGUGAGGGAUUCGAUAUCAUCUUCAUGGAUCUUUCGAUGCCUAUAAUGGAUGGCUUUGAGGCAACACGGCAGAUUCGCAAGAUGGAAGCUGGGCACGAGCGUGCUCCUUCUGCGAAAAAUUCAGUAAUUGUAGCCCUGACCGGUCUGGCUAGCCAGGAAGACGAGGACGAGGCUUUUAGCGCUGGCGUCGACUUGUUUCUCACAAAACCAGUGCAGUUCGCGAAGCUCACUAAAUUGCUGCGUCAAUACGAGGAGGGGACUCUGACGAGGUGCUGA